GUAAAUCGUAGGAAUUCGAAAAUUUUUUUACUGAAAAAUUGCCGGGGGUGGGGGUGGGGCAAAGAAAUUCAUUGCAUGCCCAGCCCCGAAAGUCACCGCACGCCACUGAUAUAUAUAUAUAUAUAUAUAUAUAUAUACAUACAUACACGUAUGUGUGUGUACGAGUGUGACUGUUCAUCUCAUGGACACAAAAGAUAAUGGGUGCAUGUGCUCACUUAAUGAGAUUGGGCAGUUGAAAUCCGAGCUUUUUUGUCAGAUUUUGUUGAACUUGAUAACAGACGAAAAGUCCUUUUAAUCUGACCUAAUAAAUUAGAGAACUGAGUGCAAAUUGCCUCGGAUAGACACACACACAGCGAAUCAUAAAAAUAGGUGCUUUUCAAUUUACGGAGAAAAGAAGAAAAAAAAAAUUGACGUGUGUGAGAAACAAACCCCAGAUAGGGUAUUUGUGGUGGCAGAAGUAGGGCUUGCAGGAAGCGGAAGCGGUGAGGGACCACGCACGUGUGGCAUCAACGAAGCGGGGCUGUGGGAGCCGAGACGACGAAGCGACUAGACGCAUUGACUUUGCUGAGACAGAUCUGAAUCUUCGCUGAGGGAAAUUGCGGCCAAGAACAUUACAGGUAUUCGUAAUAUUUCGUUGUAGCAAGAUACGAAGCUGUGGCUAAAGAUAAUAGAAGAUAUAAACAUUUUGAUGACUGAAGUUUAUUCGUAUAAAACCUUAGAUUGUCGUAAUCGAAGAAUAUUUGUGGUAGUUUGGGUAAAAAGCUACAACAUUCUGAUUCACUGAUAACGAAUAUUCGAUGAGAUUGCCUGAAAAGUAUUCUUAACUUCUGAUCCAUCACCAGUUUUUAUCAUUUAUUAAAGACACAAAAAAGAUGUUAUGCAGAACCUUUAUGGCACUGUUUAUGCAAAUCUGUGGUGGAUUAGUGUGAAAUAUUUCUUCACAUCACUGAAUAACAGUUUAUGUUUACUUCAUUGUCUGACCUGUUUCAAAGAUAAAUUCACAACCUUAGGGAAAAUUUCCCCCAAAAAAUGCAUUUUCUUCACAAAUUGUGAAGCAUAGAUAUAGCAGUAGAAAUAUUUUUUUUGUUAUACAUUAUUAAAACACAAAGCAGAACAGCAUCCAUAUAUUAUUGUAUAAUAUAAAAAAUUAUGGAGAAAGAAAUAUGUGUGAACCAGCAAAAAUGCAAAUCACAAUCAAAAGUGAUUGAUUUUCCUGAUGAGGAUUUGAAACUGAAAGGGACAACAUCAUACAAUUGUAAUACUAGUAAAGAUUCAUUCACUACAAAAAGUAACCUAGCUACUCAAAAACGUGCUAAUAGCAGAGAGAAAUACUAUCACUGUGAUAUCUGUGGUAAGUUAUUCUCUCGAAAAGAUGAUGUUGCUAUUCACAAACGUAUUCAUACGGGAGAGAAACCUUAUCACUGUGAGAUUUGUGGUAAAUCAUUCUCUGUAAAUAGUACCUUAACUAAACAUAAACACAUUCAUACAGGAGAGAAGCCGUAUCACUGUGAGAUUUGUGGUAAAUCAUUCUCUGUAAAUAGUACCUUAACUAAACAUAAACACAUUCAUACGGGAGAGAAGCCGUAUCAUUGUGAUAUUUGUGGGUAUUCAUGCUCAGAAAAAGGUUCCUUGACUCAACAUGUACAAAUUCAUACUGGUGUGAAAUCACACCAUUGUGAUAUCUGUAACAAAUCAUUUGCUCAAAGAGGUAAUUUAACUAAACACAAAGUUGUUCAUACAGGAGAGAAGCCUUAUCGCUGUAAUAUCUGUGGAAAGUCAUUCUCCUCAAACUUAUCUGUUCACAAACGUGUUCAUACAGGUGAAAAACCAUAUCACUGUGAUGUGUGUGAUAAAUCAUUUGCUCAGUCUAAUGAUUUAACUAAACACAAACGUAUUCAUACAGGUGAGAGACCAUAUCAGUGUGAUAUUUGUGGUAAAUCUUUCUCUGGAUGUUCUCAGUUAAAUAUUCAUAAACGUGUUCAUACAGGAUGGAAACCAUAUCGUUGUGAUAUUUGUGGUAAAUCUUUCUCUCAAGGCAGUUACUUAAUUCUUCAUAAACGUGUUCAUACUGGAGAGAAGCCAUAUUGCUGUACUAUCUGUGGCAAAUCAUUCUCUUAUGAAUCAUCUUUUACUAGUCACCAACGUAUUCAUACAGGACAGAAGCCAUACAACUGUGAUAUCUGUGAUAAAUCAUUCUCACGAAAUGAUUACUUAACUAACCACAAACGCAUUCAUACAGGAGAGAAACCAUAUCAUUGUGAUAUUUGUGGUAAAUCUUUCUCUUUAUAUUGUCACUUAAGGAUUCAUAAACUCGUUCAUACAGGAGAAAAGCCCUAUCAGUGUGAUAUAUGUGGUAAAUCAUUCCCACAAACAUGUGGAUUAACUACUCAUAAACGUAUUCAUACAGGAGAAAAACCAUAUCAGUGUGAUAUCUGUAAUAAAUCAUUCACUGUAAAUAGUACUUUGACUAAACACAAGCGUAUACAUACAGGAAUAAAACCCUAUCACUGUGAUAUCUGUGGUAAAUCAUUCUCUGAAAAUGGUACAUUAACUAAACAUAAUCGCGUACAUACAGGAGAGAAGCCUUAUCACUGUGAUAUCUGUGGAAAAGCUUAUUUGGAAAAAUAUUCUUUGGUUAAACACAAAUGUAAUCCUACAAAAGGCUAAAAUUAUUCAUGUCAAAAGACAUCCUCUGAAAAAAAAAAACAGAGAGAGAGAGAGUGAAUGUAUUGACAGAAGAAAUAAGAUGUAUGAGAUAGCAACCUCUGAACAGUAUAUAUAGUACUCGGAUGUGUCUUGGUGAAAUGUCUUAUAACUGUAAUAUUUUCAAUAAAAACAUUAUUUCUGUGGA